AUGUCCAUCGACGACACCUCCUUCAGAACAGAACUCCGCACUACAAAAGUACUGGAAGGACCGUUCCCAGACCUAAACUUCGACACAUUCCCCCCAAACCCACAAGAUGCCUUCAAGAACUGGUUCCACGAAGCGGUAGCGGCAGGCGUGCGCGAACCACACGCAAUGACAGUCUCAACUGUCGAUGAAGAAGGAUGCCCAGACGCGCGCGUUUUAAUCCUCAAGAACGUCGAUAGUCGCGGAUGGCAUUUCGCCGUGAAGGCUGAUAGCCCUAAAGGAAAACAGUUGGUUGGCAAUGGGUCUGCUGCAUUGACGUUCUACUGGCCUUUGCUCGCUAGACAGGUUCGGGUGAAGGGGCGGGCUGUUGCGUUGCCCGGUGAGGAGAGUGCCAUGGAUUAUGCGGCUAGACCUGUUGCUUCGAAGGUUAGUGCUAUUGCGUCUGAGCAGAGUGAGGUUCUUGUUGAUCCGGGGGAUUUGGAGAGGAAGUUGGUUGCUACUGAGGAGGCUUUGAGGAGGGACUCUAUGGCUGGGGUUGAGAAGUGGAGGGUUUAUGCUGUUGAUGCUCAUGCCGUUGAGUUUUGGCAGGGGAAUGUUAGUCGGCUUCACCAGCGGUUGCAGUAUGUUUGGAGUAAGGAUGAUGGUAAAUGGGGGAAGCAGUUGCUUUGGCCCUGA